AUGGCGGCCACCACAGGGGAGGACAACACACUAACAAGUGACUGUUUGGAAGAGUUCUCAAGACAAGAUAUAAUGAAAGAUGGUUUUCAUGCCAGGAACAAAAAAAAUGAAGGUCUGAAGAUUGAGGUUCGUAACUUUAAAGGAAGUAUUUUCCAGCAAGGUAAGGAAAUUACCAGCUUGACUGAUAAGGUAAGGACGCAGGAGGAACACAUCAAGGAACUAGUGAAAGAUAAUGUGGCAUGGAAAGUGAAGAGUGAUGAAUUUGCUGACAUUAACAAGAAAAUAGACUCAUAUGGUGAACAACUCCAAGGAACCCUGAGAGCUAACAUAGAGUUAGGCAAGGAUAUGCAAAGAGAAACUUCAUGGACAACUCACAUAGAGGAGGUUAAUAAAGAAGUAGACAAGUACACAGAAGAAAUAAAAGAGACAACAGCCUUCAGGAACUUCAGUGAGGAGGAAACCAUAAAACUGUACCCCUACCUACGUGAGACUAGAGCUAGUAUAUGCAACCCCGACGUGCAGCCCUCACGUAAAAGAAAAAAAAUAGAAAACUUAAGAGAUAUACAAGUUUGCAAGAGGCUCGUCCUAGAACUAAUUGUGUCUCUUCUCUCUCCAACAGUGGACAACGACGGCGGAAGAGUGGGCCCUCCCCACCACAGUGACUCCCACCACCACCACCACCAUCACCACCACCACCUACACGCCAACAGCGUGGGUGGUAGGUCGCGGGAGCAACUGCUGCAGGACCUGCUCUCCUCUGGCCAGUUGCUGCCCCACCUGCAGAACACCGGCCCCAUCACCACCACCGCCCACAACACCAGCCUCUACAACACCGGCUACCAGCCCCAUCCUGCAGCCCACGCUGGCCACCGCACCGCGUACUCCACCUCCCACCCUAACACCUCAGUGGGCGGGUCCCUGCCUCCCUCCCCCGCGGACUCUGGCGUAUCAGACGUGGACUCCUCCAGUGGACACACCAGUAAUGACGAGUCCAAGACCAGACUACACCUCACAGAUUCUCAGGUGAUGGGAGGCUACGGUGUGGGCGUGUCGGGGUACAUGGAGAGCGGGUCGCCUGGGGGUGUUCCCGCGCCGUACGGAGUCACCUCGCCUCACUACACCGGACACCCCUCAGGGCUCGCCUCCCCCCUCCUGGGACCUUCCUCCUCACAUAUGAACCACAUGGUCACCUCCGGCAUGGGCGCCGCGCCCUCUACAGCCUCCCCCUCCUCCUCCUCCUCCGCAGAGGACUUCUUCCUGGGCGACAUGGGCUUCCCUCCCAGGAUGAAGAAGAAGGGACGCAAGCCUAAGCCCGCUGAUGCCAAUGGUCAGCAACAGCCCGGUAUGAAGAGGAAGAGUAGAGAAGGCUCAACAACAUACCUGUGGGAGUUCCUUUUGAAGUUACUACAGGACAAGGAGUGUUGCCCCAAGUACAUCAAGUGGACCAACCGGGAGAAGGGCGUGUUCAAGCUGGUCGACUCUAAGGCCGUGUCCAGGUUGUGGGGACUACACAAGAACAAGCCAGACAUGAACUACGAGACCAUGGGCCGAGCUCUCAGAUACUACUACCAGCGAGGAAUUCUGGCUAAAGUUGAUGGCCAGCGACUCGUCUAUCAGUUCGUGGAUGUUCCAAAAGACAUAGUUGAAAUCGACUGUACAGGAGCAUAAGGGCAUUGGCCUCUACCUCUCUGUGUAGAUGUCUCCUCGAGCAUGAGAGGAUUCUCGCCAGCUGCAUCAAGAGCACCAAAGGUCCGGCCGCACCUCCCUGUGAGGCUGCGUUGGCCGCACCUCCCUGUGAGGCAGUGUUGGCCGCACCUCGUGUGAGGCAGCGUUGGCCGCACCUCGUGUCUGGACCACACUCAAGAAGCAGCUGCUGCAGAUGGAGUGAUGCAGAAGACGGUUGUGCACUCACUGCACAACAUCAAAUCAUUUACGUCGCUAUGCGUACUGGUUUCCUCCUGACAAUAACUUGAUAUUUUUUCAAGAAUCUGUAAUAUUAUAUUAUGAGAGGAAGCUUUUUCGUGAACUUCCAAAUUGCCUAUUUCUGUAUAUAUUGCCUCAAAUUUCCACAAUGUAAUGACUAUCACUCACUGUGAGUAUGUAAAUAGUAUAUAUAUAAGAUUAAUUAUAAUUAUUUUAUUACAUGCGCCUCUAGACGAAGUGGCGACAGACUUGUGUCGAACAUUGUGAGGCCCCCAACCUCCUCCUACCCAUCCAGAAUGUGAUACCUGGCAGCCCAAGGCCACUGAUAGAGAGUACUGGGCUGUACAGUGUAGGUUGUAGUGAACGACACUCAUAGUCACGCCCACGUCCUCGAGCACCUCUUGAGCUUGGUGGAGAGUUCUUUUUUAUGUACACUAUAGUAUCCUAAGUAAAAGGCUGUUUGGUCUUCAAGUGGGCAUCUUCCAUACCAGUGAUUUCAACAGACGUGAACAUUUGUAACUUAUUGUGCUGUGAAUCACUGUACCAAGAGCGUAAAGCAGUCCCUAAUCACUGCAUCCAGUCAUGAAACCUUACCAGUGAUGAGGACUACCCAAGAGACUCUGUUGUGUCUGCUGUUCGGAACACAUGUUGCCAGUAGGCACAGGCAAAAUUGACAGUUUGUCACCCAGUUAUGUUACAGGUUUGACCAUGCAGCAGCAGGCAAAGUAUUAACUACCAGCUCAAGUGGUGCUUUCCGGACUGGGGUCCGAGUCCUUAAGCCAGUCCGUAGAUCCCCCAGUGUCCCAUAAAUGGCGCUCAAUCGGAUUGAGUUCUUGUUUGUUGCGGACUCUUCCUCGGGAGGUGUUAAUGGUCAGUGCCUUGCAGCUUUGACAGUCCGUUGCGCUCUGCUUCUUUACCAAACACAAGACUCUAAUGCCAUUGUAUCCUAAAUUUUGACACGUUUGUGAUUGGCCUUAAAGCUACUAACCUGAUGCCAAGGUGAUAUUAGUGAUAAAAGUGUUGUGCAAAAAAAUUGGGCAUGAAGAAAUAGGUUGUCCAUAGUAAUUGGUGCUCAAUUUGAUGAUGUUCCAAUUCUUUAUAAGUGAAAAGAAAGCCAUAUCAUAUAUUUUGAAUAUAUUUAAUAUUUUUAAAUUUGUACUCUAUAUUUUUCAUCUAUAAAAAAGAAGUUGUCCAAUAUGUAGCUACCGCUUGCUGUUAACAUAAGACCAAGUGACAACCACAAGGGUGUGACGAAGAUGUGAUGACCUCGGAGUGUGACUUGUGACCUUCAAGGUCAAACCCAGAGGACUCCGCGCCCCCUCCCCCCUCCCUCCCCCUGUAACAUAGACUCUCUCUUUUUAAGGAUUAUUUAUUUAUUGAAUACUUAAUAAUAUUUUUCAAGAGUUAUUAAAUUGUUAUAUAAGUUAAAUGUUUUGAUAUACGAGACAGGGAAAUCACUAAGGUGUAUUGUAAGUUCAGUUGUGGUGUUGUGUUUUCAUGUAUUAAUAUCCACCAGCUAUGUUAUGUCUAUUAACAGCGGACCAACCUUUUUUUUCGCUAAAUUGUCAUUUUUACUGAAUAGUUUUACAUAUCAUUUUGGUUGUAUACUAAAUCAUUCCUUUUUUUGUAAUACCCAUUUUGAGUGUAAUGAGUUCUGGCCUCUGGGAAGUAGAGACCCUAUGGUGUCCUUGCUUUCCUCUACAAAUCACACUACAUACAUAAUACUCUUUUCUUUCCCAGGGAGUCUGUACCCACCCCCUUCCUCCUCUAGUGUAUGUUCCAGGGGUACCUAAGUUAUUACUCUCUCUUCCCCUGAGAUGUCUAACACUUCCCCCUACCUUCCCUACAAUCCUACUUUCUUCCCCGGGUUGCCUUAUCUCCUGCUCUUGCCUAUGACCUUGUCUUCUUACCAAGAAUGUCUGAAAUCUCCCCAGCCUAUCCUUAAUGCCCUAAUAUAUUCAGUCCCCUCCAACAGCAGCCCCUGGCUACCCCCUCCCUGUAGACCCCCCGCCCCUUCCCCGGCGUGAACUAGUGCUGUGAGCAGCGUGUCGUCCGCAUGUUGGUCCCCGUGUACCCAGAGAGUUGGCUUCUGUUAGUACAAAGUGUGGCGGUGGUUGGAGGCGCGUGCGGCAGUGACCUGGCCCUCACCCACCUAGCUUGGGGUCGGUCUCUUUACUGGCUGCAUUUACCUUACAACAUUUUACAAACUCUCGUAGCUAGUGAGGAGACCUAUUUAAGUUAACGGCUCAAGUUAUGUUGGGAUGAUGUUUUUGCCUUGUGAGAGUUGGCAGGUGCCCCUGGCUCACAUUGCCCCCCAAGCAAGUGAUGUCCCAGGGUGGGUGGGGAUGGCCGCACCGCCUCCCCUAGCCUGUCCCUUCACCUGGAGUGAGAUCUAGUGCGCCUCCAGAGCUACCAUUACAUGAGCUGAGUCCCAGGGCGCCCCUUGAGUAACCACCCCAUGGGAUGAACUCUGGAGUGCCCCCUGGGAAUUCUGUCAUACGUUGAGCUUCUGGGGACUCCUGGGACCACGAUCCCAUGAUUGUCCAAGGUGUUCUAAGGAACACCUUGGACAAUCAUCCCAUGAGCUUCGGAGCACACCUGGGGCAAGCAUCCCAAUAGGAUAAGUCCUAGGGCACCCCAGGGCCGCAAGAGGGCACCCCAGGGCCGCGGGAGGGCACCACAACCCCGCCGCUGUACAGUUGUGUCGACAGCCCUGGGCUUCGUCGACAGCUUUUUAAGUGUUCUCACUACACACUGUAUCAACACUACCAUUUUUAAGGUGUAAAAUAAAGCAAAUGAUAUUAAA